AUGAACAUAUUCUCACAGGGAAAGGAGAAACCAGGACUAUCACAGAAAGAGAAAGCAGAAGUAGGCAGGUCGACUUGGAAUUUAUUACAUGCAAUUGCCAGGAGAUAUCCAGACACUCCAUCAAAAAAAGAACAAAAAGCUGUUUAUGAUUUAUUUGAGUCUCUUCACAUUCUUUAUCCGUGUAAGCCGUGUGCUUCUUCUAUUUCUGCGUUUAAGAAGAGUAAUUUAUUACGCGCACAGAACAGAUCCUCUCUUAUUUUUUCAUUUUGUGAAUUUCAUAACUGGAUUAAUAUUAAGCUGAAUAAACCAAGGAUUGACUGCACUGCAUUCACAGAAGCAGAAUUAAACCCAGGAAUAACUCAUUCACACAGUAAAUUUAUUAGUACAAUAAAAACAAGAAUUAUUUCUAUUAUACAUCAAAUAAAAAGUAUUUUAUAA